UGGAACACAAGUCACCGGAUCUCCACAGUUUUUCAUCCGGUAUUCGAUCAUAUUUCUUCUGGUUAAGAAUCCUCUGAAGUUAUCGCGGAAAUGUCGAAAAUCGAGAUGUUGCGGCUUGUGAUCAACCAGCGGCUUACCGUGGCUGCAGAGGAAAUUUUCGAGGUGUUUGGGAGAGCCAUAGUGGAAUAUGAGAAGGAGAUCACCCGCUCCAAGCUGGAGAUUGUCCGCCAGCGCCGCCUGCUGGAGCUCUCCAGGAAGCCGCGGAUCUCCCUGCAGGCCGACAGCUCAGCCGUCUCUGAGCAGCAGGACUGGAGCUCCGGCGUAGAGCUCAACGAAGAGGAACCGCCGAGUCGCAUCAAAGAGGAGGAACCAGAGGAGGAUGUGUGGUCAGAUCCACCGGGUGAGAGCAAUACGAGUUUUCUGUUGUUCCAGAAAAACUCAGCACGAACGCAACAGGACAACGAUUCCACCGGGUCUCUGGGCUUAAAGUUCUGCCAGGACCUGCACGACCCAGACAUUGAUCCGCAGCCUGGAACCUCAGUCCAACAGACCGGCUCUGAGCUCAACGAUGAUCAACCUGUAGCUUUAGGAAACAGCCAGCAUCACUGUGUUGACAUGACUCUCCCUAAAGUAGUGGACUCCUACAUGUGCACCAUCUGUGGCCAAGCGUUUUACCAGCGCUCUCAGUGGGCCAAACACACGAGGAGUCACCGAAAAAUUGACGGCAAAGUCGACAAAUCGUUCACGUGCAAUAUUUGCGGGAAGAGACUAACGCGGUCAGAUGGCUACCAGAAACACCUGCGGGUCCAUACGGGCGAGAAGCCGUACAGCUGCCACGUGUGCGGCCGCAGCUUCAGCGACAACUCCAACUUCAAGAGGCACAUCCGCAGACACAUGAAGGAGAAGUCCCAGCAGAGCUCAGGCUGAGCGUGGUAGCGGCCACAAAAAUGACUGAAUGGACGUAUAAAAAUAAGAAAGUAUUUGUCUCACUGUCCUUUUUUUCAACCAAGCCUGUUGUUGAACAUUAGAAUGGAUGAUGUACCUGUUAGCUUCCAUUGUUUUUAGUGGUGUGCUGCACAAUGGUGAAGUUUGAAGCAUUGCUGCCUUGCAGGAAGAAUGCUUGAAUCCCAGCCUGGUUUGCCUUCCACAUGCAAAAGACUGUUCGAUUGACUGGCCUCUACAAAUUGUCCUUUGGUGUGUGUGUGUGUUGGGCUGGUGACAUGUCCAGGGUCUACCCUGCCUAUCGUCCAAUGACGAUUGGAGAUGGGAAGCAGCCUGGCCUCAAUCAUAUUUUGAAAGCUAAUUGUAGUUUUUAUAAACUUCUGACCUGCUGAAAUCCCUCCAACUGCAUUAUGUUUAAUUCAAAAUCUAAUUUAUUUUAAUUUUUAUUUGGGAUUGUUUUUUUUUUUUUUUAUUACAAACAUUUCUGCCUUAAAUCUUUCUUUGGAAAUCUACAAAGAAAUAUCGUCCAGGUUUCUGUUUGUAGGUGUUUGUUUUUGCACCGAGCUGAAAAUGAUCUUCCCUUUCAUCAAACAGACUUUUUGCUUUUCUGUUUUUUUCUUUUGCAAAAACAUGUAAGUGCACUAUUACACCGGAUGGCUCAGUUUUUACAAGAUAAUGACUUACAAUAAGUUGGUGUAAUACUUCAGUUUCUGAAUUAAUCUUUGUGAGGAUAAAGUUUUAUGUGUGAGUUUAUGAGUGGAGCUGCAUGUCAGCAAGAUUAUGCCAAUCACAGUGAGAGUGGAAUAUAGAAACCUUAUGGAUAUGUGAAUCACAGGGAAUUAAAAAUAGGAUAUUUUCAUUUGACUUCUUUAAUUUCAUACACAGAUGAUGGAUUUCAAAAGUGUACAUGUUUAAAUGC